ACGGUGAGGAACUCCGACGUACCACCUGUUAUCCCUGGAAAAAACAGUUCGGUUAUCUUCAACUAAAUACACCUUAAUCGAGCAACAUACCGGACGUCACCGGCUGUCUCCGAAGGACCGGAAGUUGUCAGGAUCAAGCCAGGAUUAAGCUUCGAUAACCCGAAAACUUCUACGUAACUACACUUCUGAAACGUCCGCUUCUUCGUCUCUUUCCCACGACUUAUUUUCUUCCACCGCCGUUCCAAGGGAAGAUUUUUAUCUCCAACGAGGAUCUCGACGGAAGUAAUUCGGCGACUACUUUAUAAUUUCCAAGAUACACUCGUUCCCCGUGAUAUCCGACACAAUGACAUUUACGGCUAUCCUGGUAUCUUUAUUGUUUGUUGCUAUGGGUAAAUCUUAUCCCAUAUCCUACAGCGCGUACGAUGAAAGAGAUUUGUCUCGGGAUCACCCACCGUUAUUGCUCCUUGUUGAUCACCGAAUUCCGGACUUGGAGAACGAAAUGUUCGACUCGGGAAACGAUCCUGGAUCAACGGUAAUUCGAACCAAGAGAAUUGGAUCUCUGUCUAUCGUAAAUUCCCUAGACGUUUUGAGGCAAAGAGUUCUCCUUGAACUUGCUCGACGUAAGGCGUUACAGGAUCAACGCCAAAUCGACGCGAACCGCCGUAUCUUGGAAACUAUUGGAAAAAGAUCUUUACCCCUUUACAAUAGAGACAUGCCCAAAUCCGUUGACUCGAGAAUAAGAAACGGAAUACAAUAUAUAAUCGAAGAAGAAGGAAAAAGUAACGAUCAAAAUAUAACUCCGGAAAGAAUUCCUGACAGACUACAAGACUGGCUUCAAACCGACGAUUAUGCUUUUCGAGAAAAGCAGGAUGAUAAAACGCGAAGGGUACAAUCGAACGAACUACGUGUACUCUAAUCAACAAGAGGAUUUGCAAUCAACUUUCGCUAUAUUACGGUUUUUUAUCUAACAAGCUAAUGAAUUGCAUAUAGUUUAUCUAUUAUUCGUCAUAUUCCUCAGGUUUUACCAUAUAUAUAUACAUACAUGUAUCUAUACAUUUUGUG